CCCAGCACCCAAGGGUGCCACUUCCUCAACUGCUGUGCAGCUGGGAAGUGGGUGAGAAGAUGUGUGGGGCCAGGCAGCUCAGAGCCUGAAGGAGGUCCUUCAGGGAGGGUCCAGAGAAGCUGGGCAGGGAGGGACCUCCUCAAAGGCUGAUCCCCGGGACACCCCAAGCUUCAGGAAGCUCCCAGAUGCACAUAGGAGGAAGUGAGAGGUGAAUUCAGCUUAGGCCUGGCUGGGCAAAACCCCCAUCCAUCUGCUUUCCUGACUACCCACAGCCAUGGCCCUGGCCCAGCAGCUGCGAUCGGAGAGCGACUUUGAGCAGCUUCCAGAUGAUGUGGCCAUCUCAGCCAACAUCGCUGACAUCGAAGAGAAGAGGGGCUUCACCAGCCACUUUGUUUUUGUCAUCGAGGUAAAGACAAAGGGAGGAUCCAAGUAUCUCAUCUACCGCCGCUAUCGCCAGUUCUACGCCCUGCAAAGCAAGCUGGAGGAGCGGUUUGGGCCAGAGAGCAAGAUCAGCCCAUUCACCUGCAGCCUGCCCACAUUGCCAGCCAAAGUCUACAUGGGUGCAAAACAAGAGAUCGCUGAGUCUCGGAUCCCGGCCCUCAAUGCCUACAUGAAGAACCUCCUGAGCCUGCCGGUCUGCGUGCUGAUGGACCCUGACCUCAGGAUCUUCUUCUAUCAGUCUCCGUACGAUGCGGAGCAGGUGCCCCAGGCACUCCGCAGGCUCCGACCACGCACGCGCAAAAUCAAGAGUGUGUCUCCACAAGGGGCCAUCACGGACCGCAUGGAAGCUCCGAGAGCAGAGGCCUUGUUCGACUUCACUGGAAACACCAAACUCGAGCUAAGUUUCAAAGCUGGAGAUGUGAUCUUCCUUCUCAGUAAGAUCAACAAAGACUGGCUAGAGGGCACAUCCCAGGGAGCCACAGGCAUCUUCCCAGGGUCUUUCGUGAAGAUCCUCAAGGACUUCCCCGAGGAUGAGGACACCACCAACUGGCUCCGAUGCUACUUCUAUGAAGACACAGGCAAAACCAUCAAGGACAUUGCAGUGGAGGAGGACCUCAACAGCACCCCCCUGUUCAAAGACCUGCUAGUGCUCAUGAGGCGUGAGUUCCAGAGAGAGGACAUUGCCCUUAAUUACCAGGAUGCUGAGGGGGACCUGGUUCGGCUGCUGUCAGAUGAGGAUGUGGGACUCAUGGUGAAGCAGGCCCAAGGGCUCCCUUCCCAGAAACGCCUCUUCCCCUGGAAGCUGCACGUCACACAGAAGGAUGACUACAGUGUCUACAACACUGUACCCUGAGUCAAGGAUGGGGACCCUGUGGCAAGGAUGGUGUGCUAAGCAAAGGGUUCUUGCCUUCCAAGAAAAUGAAGACCUUCUGGGAGGCUGGUAUAAGAUGCAACCCUCCUGGGCCAGAGUGCCCACUGGACAGGAUUCUACUAAAUUUUUGACACUUUACCAUUUGAAUUCAAUAAACCAUUCUGUCUCUAAGGGCCACAGUUAGGAAAUGGGAUUUUGUGGAGGAUCAGGGAGUAAAGU